AUGUCCAAGCUCUGGAUGAACAAAGUUUGGAGCUGGGAUCACUGCUUCAACGCGCUGGCUAUAGCUUGCCUUGAUCAGCAGCUCGGCCUCGACCAGCUCACCGUCGUCUUCGACCACCAAGCCCGAGACGGUCGUCUCCCUGACUCAGUCGACUGGCAGAAUGUCGAGUGGGGGUUCACAAAGCCUCCCAUCCAGGGGUGGGCUCUUUCCAGGCUUCUCACCCAGUUUCCUGACAUGAGUGACGCCAAACUGCAGCCCCUCUACGAUGCUACUGUCAGACUGACGGACUUUUGGAUGGACACGCGAAGAGGCAACACCUCGCGUCUUCCUUUCUGGGCUCAUGGUAAUGACUCUGGGUGGGAUAACUCCACCGCGUUCGACAGCACGCCAAUGAUCGUCGGGCCUGACCUCGCGGCUUCCCUUCUUCUCCAGGCCAGCUGCCUAGAACAGGUCGCUAGGCGCCUACGACACGAAAACGAGUGCGAGAAGUGGGCAAAUAUGAGAAGUCUUUUGAUCAAUGCACUCAUCGAAGAAUUAUGCGAGUGGGGUCUCGCCACCGAGGAAAUCACCUCGCCUCAUUACGAGAGCGACGGAUACUGGCGCGGCCCUAUCUGGGCUCCCUCAACUCAUCUUGUGGAAUCUGGCUUGCGUGAUGCUGGCCGAGCCCAUUCCACCAAUGAGAUCAGCAUGCGAUUCUUACAGCUGUGUGAGAAGUCAGGGUUUGCAGAGAACUUUGAUGCUAUCACGGGGACCUACUGGUUGAGAAAGUAG